UGCAACCCGCCCUGCAACAACGGCGGGACGUGUGUGAUUCCGGGCCUGUGUGCCUGUCCUGCCGGGUUUGUCCUGCCCAACUGUGCACCCAUGUGCACGAGCCGGUGUCUGCACGGCGGCGUGUGCACGGCCGUCAACCGGUGCACGUGCCCGCCGGGGUACACUGGGGCACGGUGCGAGGCUGCCAUCUGUACCCCGGCGUGCCAACAUGGGGGCCGCUGCGUUGCCCCGGGGGUGUGUUCCUGCCCGGCGGGUUACGGGGGCCCGCUCUGCCAGAGACCCGUUUGCCGCCCACACUGCCAGAAUGGGGGCGAGUGCCUGGCUCCCUAUAGGUGCCGCUGUCCGCCAGGCACCUUCGGAUCUUACUGCCAGCACUGUGAGUCUGUUUUCCUGAUUUGCAUAUUUGAUUUGUCGUCUGUUACACAGAGCGAAUGUGGCGUGGCGGCGCUCUGCCAUGCUCUCACGUGGGCGUUGGAAGGUGUAGGGUGCGCCCACGGCUUACACAGAGACCUGCCUGCGCGACGCCCGUGUGUGAACCCGCCGAUGCAGCAACGGGGGAACUGCGUCAGCACGGUGUCUGUUCCUUGGCCCUGA